AUGUCCUACCCUCGCCGCUACUACGACAUGAUGGCGACGUUUGGCCGGUCACGAGAGUCUAUUUGUCGUAUCUUUAACGACGUAAUAGACUUCUUGUUUGACAAGUGGAAAAAACUGCUUUACUUUUGCGACUCAAUCGUCGUUCCAAGACUCGUGAUGUACUCCGCUGCCGUCAAGACCAAGGGAUCAUACAUGGACAACAUCUUUCGGUUCAUUUAUGGCAGCAAGUUUGAAACAUGCCGCAUCACUCAGAAGCGCGACCUUGUUGCAUCAAAUUUUGCCGACCUGCAGCGGUUGAUCUACAGUGGCCACAAGCGCAGACACUGCCUGAAUUUUCAGGCAGUGACUGCUCCAGACGGACUGUGUGUGCACUUUUGGGGGGCGGUCGAGGGGUCACGACAUGACACCACGCUCUUGCGGCUGAGCAAACUCUAG